CAGUCCUCCCGAGGGAUAGACGAGCCGGGCCGGUCUGGAGCAGUACAGCGCCUCUAUGGUGAUGAGUGUUGGUGAUGUCGGUAAAGAUGGCGGCUGCUCCUCUGUAUUUUCAGCUGGAUGUGCCCUUCCCCCGUGCCUCCGAAGCUAAGGUCGCCCACAAUUCUCUGAACCCCGAUGCCGAGCCGAGGAAAGGAGGUGUGAGCAAGACCCUGAGCGUCCAAGACAACGUCCUACGGGUGCACUGGCAGGCGGAUGAAGCUCGGAUCCUCCGAGUGUCUGUGAGCUCCUUCCUGGAACAUCUGUCUCUGGUGGUGAAGACCAUGGAGAGAUUCGGGCCGCCGUUAUCCGAUUCAUGAAGAUUGGACAUCGGAGAGGAUCUCUACACACUGACAGACCUGGUGUCAUCCACCCUCAUAGACUCUGUUUAUAGAUCUCUGCAGACGUAUCAGACUUUUUUUUUUUUUUUUUAG